AACAAAACAAGGCGCAGCGGCUCAGGUGUCGCGCAGUCUCGGAGGUGCAGGUGACGCAGCGGGUGGGGCUCGAGAGAAAGUCACUUGACAGCUCGACGUGAGAAAAUCUUCUGAGUGAACGAAAUCCGAUCUGCGGCCAUCAAACCGUUCGUCUGUGACAGCUUUCGUUUGGAUUGUAUUUAUGACAAGAGGACGCGUGAUCAUGAAAUAUGGAAGGGCGCGUAUGAUGAAUAAAGAAGACAACAAAGGAUUUUAUACGAUGACCUGGACUGGGCACACGCUGGCGUUUCUGGCUCUUCUGGUUAUUGUUCUAAUGCCAAGUCCCUCGGAUGGUGUCACUGUUUUUGUGGUCGGCUCUCCUGUGAACGGCCUGGUGGGCGGCAGUGCCACUCUCUCCAUCUUAUACUUUAGCAACUCACACCCAGCCAUCUCGUGGCAGGUGAACAGAAUAACCAUUGCCUCCUGGGAGGUCGGUUUGAACAGCUCUCUGACAGUAAGUUCGAACUACCAAGGCCGCCUGACCACCUAUGACAACGGCUCCAUCAGCAUCAGUCCCCUGAAGCUCAAUGACACAAACAUCUACAGUGUCUCUAUGACAGCGACGGGGGAGACGUCGGGCACGAACAUCGUUUCUCUUCAAGUUUACGCUAUGAUCGAAGGAGGCAGCAUUGCAGUCAGUCCUCAAACCCCAGCAGCAGGCAAACCCGUCAUGUUGACAUACGCCACCACCCAAGGGGACGGCGUGGCCACCUGGAAACUCAACGGAGUCCCCCUGACCAACGACUCCAACCACGUCAUCUCUGGCCACUCCCUGACCAUUAACAGUGCCAGCCAGAAGGACAACGGGACCUACACCUGCCUGCUGCAGAACCCCUUCAGCAGUCAAGCCUUUAACACGACUGUAACCGUAGCAUAUGGGCCCAACAACGUUGCAGUGCUGUCAUCCACAGGCUCCAACUCUACACCCAUCAGCUAUGCCCUCGUGGGCAGCAAUGUGAGUCUGCAAUGCAAUGCUGACAGUUACCCCCCGGCCACCAUACUGUGGAGCGUCCCGAACUCGCCCAACAACCAACUGGUCAACACGAACCCUCUGAGUUUAACCAACAUCCAGGCGAGCCAGGCUGGGAAUUAUACGUGUACUGCCUUUAACAGUGCCAGCAGCAGUGGUGCCACCAGCUCUUAUACGCUGAACGUGUACCAGUAUCCUGCUAGUAACAUCAGCUGCUCCGUCUCCACACUGAAUCUCAUCAGUCUCCAGUUCCUCUGCUCGUGGCCUGGGGCCAUCCCUGCAACCUCUCUGUCAUUUCUGGGGUUGAAUCCCCCUGUCACUGGCACUGGGUCCCUCACCACUGUGGUCGGCAGCUCCUCCGCACCAAACCUGAACGGCAAAACGGUGACGUGUGUGGGGGUCCACCCGCUCCUAGCGGAAAACUGCUCACUCCAGAUCAGUGGUCCGCCUGCUUUCAGCCCCCUUCACAACGCCACAUGGGACCCCACAUCUGGCAACGUCUCCCUGAUGCUCUUUUACCCCACCAACGUUCAGCCACCCGCCACUUUCCAGUGGUUUAAGAAUGGAACUCAGCUGAAGUCGGGUGGCAAUUACAUAAUAAGCAACAACAGCAGCAUGCUGACCGUCCUCAACCUCAACACCUCCACUGACCUGGUCACGUAUUCCUGUGUGGGCAGCAGUCCUGUGGGAAAUCAGACAAACACCUUCCAGCUAACAGGUCCGGCCAUAACAAGAUCUGGGAUUGUGGCUAACAGUAACCGCACCAUCAUCACCCUGACCUGGGAGAUCCCACUCACCUCGGUGGUCUCAGGUUUUCUUGUGCAGAAGUUGGGUCCAGCUCUACAGAGACAUGCCCGAGACACCACGACAUCCUGGGGGACCAUUCACACCAAAGGGCCCAACGAUCGCAGUGAUGACGUCCUCGGCCUCAGCCCCGAUCUGACCUACCAGUUCAGAGUCAUACCUGUGCUCGGCCAAACGCAGGGGUCACCUUCAGUGGUGCAGACCAUCGGGCCGGCGUCGUCCGGCCUGAGUCCCGGUGCGAUUGCUGGCAUUGUCAUCGGCUCCGUCUUUGGUUUCCUCCUCCUGUUGCUUCUCCUGCUUCUUCUCAUCUGCUGCUGCUGCUGCCGCCGAAAGAGACAAAACGAAGAUAAGAAGGAGAAGAUACCUGUUGGCCAAAAGCCCGUGCAGACACAUCGGAAAACUCAGCCAGUCCGAACCCCCAAUCCGCAGCUAGUUGGUGGAGUCAUACCCACGAGCAAUGGGGUCUCCGCCUCUGUCAGAAGGACCCCCAGUCCAGUCUCCACACUGAGCCAGUUUUCAUCACAGGAGUCGUCGUCCACCGAACCCCCCAAGCCAGUCAUCCGUGCGGCGACCAUCUUGUAGCUGUGGAGGCCACACUCCUUCUCCAUUCUUUGCUAUUCCUGGAGCUACUGUACGUUUUUCUUCAUUUUUGUCAACUAUCUCAGUCCCAACUUCUCUUGUGCUCCCCAAAAUGCUUAAGAACAUCAAAACAAACAAAGUGUCGGCAAACAGGAGGAGACCACCGAGCCCAUCAAGCUCAUUUGGCCGUCUAAUACCCGAACUCUCCCAACAUGUCAUGCGGAUACUUUUUGAAUUUUGACUCCAUGACUUGACAGGUUCUUCCAGGUGUGCUUCCUGGCUUUCCACUUGAUUUCCAUUACAACACUGUGGUAAUUCCACAUAUGGGUGAAGAUCCUUUCCUUGCUGUCACCUGGAAGAAUGGCAUGGAUUAGGGAUGUGUUGCAGGACAAUGAGAAGAAAAGGAUCAUUUAGUGACUUGAAGCCCCUAGUCCUAGUUUACAGUUUUGAAGGACCUUUUGCCCAAGGAUUAAUCCAGAGGGUCAGCACUGUCUGCUAGCUCCACGGCGCCCCCAUCUGGACCACCCUCUAGUUUCUCUUUUUCUCUCUGUAGUUUUGCACAUGACUUCAUAGUGGCACUGGCUCCAAAGGUACGUGGCCUUGGACAUUGGGUAGCCCAGAGUGAGUCCAAGAAGAAGAAGAAGAAGAGGAGGAAGAAUGGACCACAGAAGAGAGGCGUGACCCUGCUUUGGGCUUAAGGGUCAUCAAAAAUAUUUUUGAUAUGAUUUGUAAAUAUUUGAAAAUGUAUUGUAAUCUUUCUUAAGUAUUAA